AUGACAUUUAUUUUAUUUUAUGUUCCGCUAUCGAUUGAAUUACUGCCGAACCGGCAAUCGGUAGACGUGGGAAAGUCGGCGCUAUUUAACUGCAGUGUUUCGGGACAUCCCAUAAAUACUAUCGUUUUUGAGCGAAAUCAUCGCCGAUUGAAGUCUGGAUUCAAUUCCGACAUUCGCUUCAUCGCCAAAGACCUGAUUCACAUCGAUUCGGUCAACAAAGAGCACCGCGGAAUGUAUCAGUGUUUCGCAUCAAAUGAUUACGAGUCGGUCCAGGCGUACGCCGAACUACAAUUGGGAGACGAUCCGCCGGAGUUUCGGGAUGUGUUUCAGAGCCAGACCUUAGAGCCCGGGCCCUCACUAUCAUUAAAGUGUAUCGCCGGCGGAACUCCAUUACCUCAGAUCACUUGGCAAUUGGAUGACUCGCCCAUCCCUGAGAGCCUUAGAGUCCGUUUUGGGGAUUACGUUACGAAAGACGGACUCGUUAUUAGUUAUGUGAACGUAAGCGAAGUGCGCGUAGAGGACGGCGGCGGAUAUGCGUGCAAAGCGGACAACGGUGUCGCCAGUAUUGAA